UUAUCUCAUGACAGAUCCGCACGUUCUCCUUUGAAACUCAUUACCAGAUUCGCUGAUUAUCCAGAGAUUGGCACAUUGCAUGAUAACUUUGUACAUUCAGUUGAAACUUUCCAAGACUACAAAUAUCUGGGCACACGUAUACGGGUAGAUGGCACUGUUGGAGAGUACAAAUGGAUGACCUAUGGGGAGGCAGGUACUGCUCGAUCAGCAAUAGGUUCUGGACUUCGUCAUCAUGGAUUACAAUCAGGAGCUCGUGUUGGACUUUAUUUUAUCAAUAGACCGGAAUGGCUGAUCGUCGAUCAUGCUUGCUCAGCAUAUUCGUACAUAUCAGUUCCUUUAUAUGAUACCCUUGGUCCUGAUGCUGUUAAGUAUAUAGUAAAUCAUGGUGAGAUAGAGGCCAUUUUUUGUGUGCCAAGUACCUUGAACACAGUAAGUCUUUUCAGUAUUUCCUUUUUGUUUAAGGUUUCUCAAAUAAUUUUUCUCGAAUGGGAUGUUAUGUCAAUGAAAUGGUCGCUAACACAGAUUUACUGCAUGAAAGAGCAAAUUGUUAUACUUCUUUCAUUGGCUCGUUUUCUGAUAAUUUGCUUUACAGCUCCUACUGGAUACUUCAAUGGAUCGAAUGUUUCAAUACUACAAUUUUAUUAUUUAUUUCAGGGUCGCAGUAACAUGCUUCCAUUUUUCCCUCCCAAACCUGAAGAUGUAGCCACUAUAUGCUAUACCAGUGGUACUACCGGCACACCAAAGGGUGUUGUAUUAACUCAUGGAAACUUGAUUGCAAGUGUUGCUGGCAUGACCCUUCUAGUCAAAUUUCAUUCCUCAGAUGUCUACAUAUCCUAUCUUCCACUGGCACACAUCUAUGAACGAGCUAAUCAAAUUACGUCAGCGUUUUACGGCGUUGCUAUUGGCUUCUACCAGGGGGAUAACCUGAAGCUGAUGGACGACUUAGCUGCUCUAAGACCCACUAUAUUUUCUAGUGUCCCUCGUCUAUACAACAGAAUAUAUGCUGGGAUAAUUAAUGCCGUAAAAACUUCUGGUGUUUUGAAGGAGAGGUUAUUUAAUGCAGCAUACAAUUCCAAGAAGCAAGCUGUGAUGACUGGUCGAAACCAUUCACCAAUAUGGGAUAGGCUGGUAUUCAAUAAAAUAAAGGACAAACUUGGAGGCCGAGUUCGGUACCUGACUUCAGGUGCUUCACCAUUGUCACCUGACGUGAUGGAGUUUUUGAGGGUGUGUUUUGGCUGUCAAGUAAUUGAAGGUUACGGUAUGACAGAGACUUCUUGUGUCAUCAGCUCUAUGGAGGAGGGUGAUUUCUUAACUGGUCAUGUUGGUUCUCCCAAUCCUGCAUGCGAAAUAAAGCUUGUGGAUGUUCCUGAGAUGAAUUAUACUUCAGAGGAUCAACCUCAUCCUCGUGGGGAGAUCUGUGUCAGAGGGCCCAUUGUCUUCCAAGGCUACUACAAAGAUCAAAUCCAGACGAGAGAAGUUUUAGAUGAUGAAGGUUGGCUGCACUCUGGAGAUAUUGGAAUAUGGAUACCUGGAGGCCGCCUGAAAAUUAUUGAUAGGAAGAAGAACAUUUUUAAGUUGGCUCAGGGCGAAUACAUAGCACCAGAGAAAAUUGAGAAUGUGUACGCGAAGUGUAAAUUUGUUGCGCAGUGCUUUGUGUACGGUGAUAGCUUGAACUCCUGUUUAGUUGCUGUUGUAUGUGUGGAGCCAGAUGUGUUAAAGGAUUGGGCCAAUUCCGAGGGUAUCAAGUAUGAAGACCUGGAACAACUUUGUGCUGAUCCAAGAGCAAAGGCUGCUGUACUUGCCGAGAUGGAUGCCAUUGGAAAGGAAGCUCAGUUGAGAGGUUUCGAAUUUGCAAAAGCCGUAACCUUGGUGGUUGAGCCGUUCACUCUGGAGAACGGCUUGUUAACUCCAACAUUUAAGGUGAAGAGGCACUCAAGCAAAGGCUUAUUUCGCGCAAGCAAUAUCUCGUAUGUACGCAGAGCUUUCCACGUCUGAUCCAACGCCACAGAGCAUGUUGUAACCAAACAUCAUGGUAAUAAAAAGACUUGCACAUUUGGUGCAUCCUAAUUUUGAAUAAAUGCAACAGCCAAUUGUUUUUUUUUCCGGACGAUGUUCUUCAUAUGGGAUGGAUGUAUAAUAUGGAUUUUAAAGCGUUUUUAGUUCAUUUAUUGAAUCGUAUGGUCUGGGCUGGAGCUGGA